CAGCACCCAAAGUCGAAGGAUAGCUCUGGCCUUUCAAUUGAAGAAAGUGCUAGAUUUGUCACCGUUGUAUAAUAUAACCAAUUCUCAGUUACCAUAUUUGUUUUGGAACGGUCGGAAUUGUCUUCAUUUAAUGUGAGAGACAGAACUGGCGUCAAACAUGCGUAAAAAUCAACGCUGUCCAAGCAGGGAACCACCGAGAAAGGAAUUAUCGCCGCUCUUCUGAGGCCAAUUGCGAUUAUUUUUGUCAAAUAAGGAAACAUAACACGGCUAACUGGCUAACGUUAGCUCCGUAGAUAGCUAGGUUGCCGACAUAUCUUCACACGAAAGCAGUAUCCAGCAGAUAAUCAAGAUUGGAACUCUAUUCGCAGCAGCAGGAGAACCUGUAGGCAGCAAUGGGUGCAUUCCUGGACAAGCCGAAGACAGAGAAGCAUAGUGCUCAUGGGGAAGGCAAUGGACUGCGCUAUGGCCUCAGCUCCAUGCAGGGCUGGCGGGUGGAGAUGGAGGAUGCCCACACAGCUGUGGUGGGCCUCCCCCAUGGACUCACCGACUGGUCCUUCUUUGCUGUCUAUGACGGCCAUGCAGGCUCCAGGGUGGCCAACUACUGCUCUGGCCACUUGCUGGAACACAUCUUAUCAGGAGGAGCCGACUUCACUUCAGGACCCUCAGUGGAGGGCGUGAAGGACGGCAUCCGCUCGGGUUUCCUGAACAUUGACGAGUACAUGCGCAGCUUCGCCGACCUGCGGCAAGGCCUGGACCGCAGCGGAUCGACAGCCGUGUGUGUGUUGCUCAGCCCGACUCACCUCUACUUCAUUAACUGCGGCGACUCGAGGGCCGUCCUGAGUCGAGACGGCAAGGUAGGCUUCUCCACGCAGGACCACAAGCCCUGCAACCCUCGUGAAAAGGAGCGCAUCCAGAACGCUGGCGGCUCAGUGAUGAUCCAGAGGGUAAAUGGCUCCCUGGCUGUGUCUCGGGCCUUGGGGGACUACGACUAUAAAUGUGUGGAUGGUAAGGGCCCCACGGAGCAGCUGGUGAGCCCUGAGCCUGAGGUUUGUGUGUUGGAGCGGGCGAACGAAGGAGACGAGUUUGUGGUGCUGGCAUGCGAUGGAAUCUGGGACGUCAUGUCCAACGAUGAGCUGUGUGAGUUUGUACGCUCACGACUCCAGGUGUGUGAUGACCUAGAGAAGGUGUGUAACUCAGUGGUGGACACCUGUCUGCAUAAGGGGAGCAGGGACAAUAUGAGCGUGGUGUUGGUGUGUUUACCUGGAGCUCCCAAGAUCUCAGAGGACGCCGUGAAGAAAGAGGAGGAAUUGGAUAAAUACCUGGAGAGCCGUGUCGAGGAGCUACUGGGAAACUGUGGGGAGGCGGGAGUCCCUGACCUGGUGUCUGUUCUGAGGAGCAUCGCCACAGAGAACAUCCCCAACCUUCCACCUGGAGGCGGCCUGGCCAGCAAACGGAGUGUGAUCGAGGCCAUGUACAACAAGCUGAAUCCUCACAGAGAAGAGGAAGGGGCCUGCGCGGGGGGAGAGAAGGAGGAGAGUGAGGAGGGAGGUGGCAGCACGGCAGCUCAUCUGCUGGAGGCUCUGCGGCAGUUCCGGCUGCACCACCGGGGGCAGUACCGCACAGUGCUGGAGGAGUCCCUGGCUGCCUUCCACCUGCCCGGGGAGGAGAGCAUUACCGAGGGAGCCGGGGAGGGCAGGAGGACCUCAGAGGACGACAACGGGAACGACAACAGCCAGGAGCAGCCCGCCUCCCCUCCCUCUCCCCCCUCGCCCCCGCCCUCACCUGCCAAUGCAGAGCCAGAGAGCAGCCAAGAUGCGCCCGUCCCCGAGUGUGAUCCCCCCUCUAAAUGAGCAUCUCUCAGCUCCAGUCAGAUGUGCUUUGAACCUCACCUCCUUUUUCCUUCAUCACAGAACUUGAAUGGAAAAAUCCACUCUGGGCUCUAUCACAAGUCUCCUUUUUUCCAUUCAUAAAUAUUUCACUAAUACAGUGGAAAUAAAAAUGCCCCCUCUGUCCAUUCAAGCUCUGUUCUGAAGCUUUAUAUAUCUCUUCCACCUAAAAAGGGCUUUCUUUUUCCUUUUUCCUGUCUGUGGCCCCCUUCCCACUGAUCACCUUGGCUUGGAUUCCCAAACUUGCCAGCCACUUUUACGACGUAUCUCACAGACUGAUGUUUACAACCGAAGCUAAUAAGUCAUUAUAUCAUGCAGAAGUGGCUGGUGAAGCAGAAAAUGAACCUUGCACUCCAUGGCCUACAUUUCCCAGUAUUGGCUUCUGGCUGACCCCCCCUUUCCCCUCCCUGCACCCCCCACACCUGCUUACAGCAAACGAACUGUCAAAGAAAAGGAGAGAAGACCCUCUGAACUGCAGCUGUGUUCAGACAAACCCUGUCUACAGACUCAGAAAGCACUCUUUUGCGUAUUUGUGUGUAUCUGUGUGUGAGUGUGUGUGUUUGAGUGGCCAAGAAAGACACAGAUCAUCACUGCUGAAUUGUUUUGUAGUGGGAGGAUUUCUCUGAAUGUUAGUCCAUUAGAAGCAUAUUCAACUAGGUUUGGUUAAUCAAAGCCAUCUGGAACCACAUUGGGGGGGGGGGGGUGUUAAGAUGGUUUAGUGGGUGUAUGUUUGUAGUUUGAGCUUCUUUUACUUAAAACCAUUCCAUCACCACAUAAACAUAAACCAUAUCACCACAUUUGAAGAUGCUGCCUCACAGUUCUGCACAACAACAUGGUAGUUUGUCCCUGGUUGUUGCUUUCUGGAUGAAUGUAAAUGUGUCAAAAGGGCAAAACAUAGUCAACAUUUUUAGAUGAUACAAAAAAUAUUUUGAGUAAAAAAUGCAGAUGGCUUUACAAAAAAUAAAUCAAAGUAGUUUGUCUUGAAGACAGAGCAAGUCAUUUUUGGAUAUUCAGUAUCACUCUAUCUUAUUUGAUGUGGUUCAACUUUUAUUUCAGCCUAUCUCGUGUCAGUGUUAGCUGUUGCCUUCGAUUAGCAGCUCACAUCACAGUUACUGUUGACAAAGUCUUUUCACUGUCCAGGUGGUGGAAGAUACAAGAAGGCUACGUUCACACAGGCCAGAAUACUCAAUUUUGAUCUUUUCUCAGAUCUGAUUUUUUUUGUUUGGCUGUUCACACUGCAGUCAAAUUCCAAAGUAUCAGAUACGUAUCUGAUUUAGACCGACCUAUGAAAAUGGCCUGAAUCUGAUUUGAAAAGAUCAUGUUCAGUGUGACUUGAGCUGUUCAUACUGUCAGAUAAAAAGCAAAAAAAACAAAACAAAACAAAACAAACAAACAAAAAAAACAGAUUUGGGUCCAUUUUAAAGGGAUAUUUCAGAAUUUUUUAGGUUGGGUUGAAUAAGGUACCUGCCACUAGUAGUAGCACAGGAAACACUUGGAGAAGCUAGGCUAUACAGCUUAGCAGAUUGGUACAGUUUCACCACAAGUGUUUUAUUAUUCACCCAAAAAGCCUCUGUGUUUGGCAAAUCUAGCUGUUCAGAUAUGCUGAAGCGGAGGAGCACAUAGCUGAUAGCGCAAGCUUACAUAGCAAAAGUAUUGUCAAACACAGAGGCUGGGCUAAAAAUAAAAUACUCAAAAAAUUCUCAAUAUAGCGUACAAUUGAGCCAACUUGAUACCUGGCCAAUUGUUUACCUUAAAUUUGUUAAAUUACAUGGUGAAACUAUACCAUCUGCUACACUAUUUAGCCUAGCUUCCUCUAGUGAGAUCUGUGUGACCUUAAGGGACAAUACUCUCUAAAAUCACUGGAGAAUAAUGCUACUACUAAGUACCUCAGACAACCCAACUUUAAAAAAAAAACAAAGAAAUAUUCCUUUAACUGCAGUGUGACUGAGCUGAAGGAGCAAUCAAUCACCGACCUAAAUGACUUGGGCUGAUGUGAAAAUUCACACAAAAUCAAACCUGUUCGAAAAAUUAGGAUGAAAAACUAACUUGGUGUGUAAAGGCGUUCUGCUGCCACUCUUGAAGAUUUUCCUCUUGUAAACAAAAACAAGCAGUCUGAAAAACCCUUCUGUGAAAGCACUGCCCCUUUGUGUUGCUUGUAAAAGACAUUUACCUUGUGUUAUGGAAAAAAAACCUUUGCUUUAUAGGGAACCCUUAUUUUAAGACACAUUGUCCUAAUUAAAUUAACAUUCCUGUCUUUUGUAUAUUUUUUGUACAAGGAAGACAAAUUUGCACAUUUUGAAAAACAAUUGCAAAACAAGUGAACAUAUAGGCUGAAAGUUUUGUGCAAUGCACUCUGGGUAGAGAUGCCAAAUGGUUGCAUUGUUCUUCCUGCAUCUUUCUGAUAGUUUUCCCUUGAUCUACAUUAUAUUAACUUCCUCUUUUUUGUCCUCUUCAAUAAAACCAGGAUGAAAUGAAACAUUUUUAAUGAUGCCACUCCAUAGGAAGAAUAGAGCAGCAGAUUGACAUCACUACCCAGAAUGCACUGCUUCACAAUGACAGCUUACAUGUAUUUUUUUUGUUUCAGUUUUUUCAAAAUGUAGAAAUCUAGUGUUUCUUUGUACAAUGAUCAUUUAAAGCAUUGGAUCUCAACUGGUGGGUUGAAACUCAGAGAUGGGUCACAGUAUGUGCCUGGAAAAAGUUUGCGAAAAAAUUUAUUAUUUGCUUUUAAAUUUGAAGGACACGUCUCCAUCUCUUAGUCCCAUUUCAUCUUUUGUUCCAUCUCAAGUCCAAACUGCUUGUAAUUAAAAACAUUUGGUUACGAUUGCAGAAUGUAAGAAAUUUGGUUGUGGUUUACCCUUAAGGCGGUUGGUCCUGACAUUGACCAGUUGAGAACCAGUGAUAAAAAGGACAUUAAUGAUUAUGUAAUAAGGUAAACAUGUCAAUACGUUUAUAUUUUCAUGGGUUUUAAACCUAUCUGAAGACAUGCUAGCAUGUCAACAGUAUCUGAUUUGAGCUGAGUGCAUCAUUCAUGGUAAAUGCUGCUGUUAGCAUUAUACUCAUAUAACAGCUGAGGUUAAGGGUAGCUAAAGUACAACAGAUAAAAGUUGAGCUGAGUCAGUUGGUGGGGUUAAAGAUGUAAGAAAGCCUCUGAGAUAUAAUCAGCAUUGUUCUGUUAACUCAGCCUUUCUUUGGAGACACCUUAAAAAUAUUACACCCACACAAUCAUGUGAGCAAUCACUGCUGCUAAUUCAUAUGCUAACAGUGAAAACAAAAUACUUCCAUGCCAUAUUAGCUUACUGAUAUACUAGUUUAUUAUAUUAACAUGCUGGCAGGCUAUCUCACCACUUACCAGUAAAUAUUAGACGGCUCAAGCUUACAGGCGUUUACAAUAGCGCUGGAAAAGUGGCCUCAUGAUGAAACUAGUGAGGGGAUUAGGCUCUCAAAUGUUUCUACAGCACAUCAAUCUAUCAUAUUCUUACAAUUUUGAACUCAGAAUUGCAACAUAUGAGAUUAACUGUGGCAAGACUUGUCAAAAAAAGCCUAAGUAAUGCAUAUUUUUCUUCUCUGGGGGGCAGGUAGAUGAAGGAUGUUGUAUAAUGCCCGACACCCAGCAACUCUGCAUGCACUGCACUUAUCUCUUCAAUAAAGGAACUAAGAUAUCAGCGGGGAGGUUAUGCUAAACACUGUGUGUAUGUAUGUGCGUUUGUGUAUGUAUGAAGUGUAUUUGUAUGUGAUUACGUGGGUCGGAUCAGUCCCAUGCAGUAAAAAUGACAAAUGAAUAAAAUAAAAAAUGAUUUGAGGUAUAAUGCUAUGAUUUGUCUGAUGUGUAUGAGUAUCCCUUUGUGUCUCUUAUCUGACUGUACAGAGAUGUUUCCUGUCCUCUUGUCAUGUUUUUUUUUUAAUCUAAGUGAGUGUCGAUCCCUGACGUAGCCCAGGGAAAUGUGUUUGCAAUAGAUGGAGGGAAAUCCCCAAAACUUUUAGCGCUUCGUAGUGACCAUUUCUGUUAAGUUUUAGGGAACAGAAAUUAGACCCUCUUCCUUGUCUCAUCAGCAUCUAGCUUAAGCCUUGUCUUGUGGUUUUAUUUUAGCUGCUUAAAGAAAUUUUAAUCCUUAGUAUCCUUUAAAACGGGGUUUUCAAAGUGUUGGAGAGAACAUAAUAACUGCUAUGGCCUAUUUAAGAAAUUUAACUCCUGCUUAAACAUUAUAAACAAAGCUGUUCGGACGCUAUGCACAUCAUUAUUUUUAUAUCACUGUCAAAAUCAUCGACAGUUAACUAGCGGCCAUUACCUCCGUUUUAUUUUGCUCGCCUCUGUUUUUGUGGGAACAGUAGGUCUGCGUCCAAGACGCACAUGCAGUUAACAUUAAAUAUGGAGGUUUAAUGGAGAAGAAAGGGAUCUCACAAUCACUGCCCAGUACCUGUUGCUCACAUCAGAGGCUCUUCUGAGGUGUACUCUAAGAUAAUGUUGUCAGACAGUAAGAUCAUAUUCAGUUCUUUCCCCAACACAUAGGUAUAGGGUGAAGUAAUAUCAGAUUUUUGCUGUCUUCACAAGCGGUUCACUGAUAUGUUUUUUUUUCAGGACCUAUACCGAUUAUUAGCAGCUCAUGAGACUGAUAGCCAAUGUUUGGAACUGAUAUUCAUUUGUUAUUAAGUACAAAAUGUAUUUAAUCUUGCAAAAGUGAAAUUGCAUAAUCAAAAAAAUGAAGGAAAAUUAGCAAUCUAGUCUCACGACAUCUAGCCAAUCAGAUUGUACACAGGACAUUUGUUGAGACUUUGGAGAGUGAAACUAAAGCUAGAGAGGAAGACAAACUUGUCAGUGGGACCAAAGUAAUAUACUUUUUUGUUUGAUUUACUUAAUUAUCUGUAAAAUAAAAUGCACAUGCAGAUCCAAAUGCUACAUACUGUCCUCAAUAAUCGGUUAAGCCAAUAAUUGGUCUUCCCCUAGUCUUCAUUAUGUACAACUCCACCCGAUAUGUUGCUUCAGUUGUCUUUGUAUUAACAGAGCUCAAUAUCUCAGUGAUUUUUCUGUAACCUCUAGCUUCCUGUCAAAAUACUUGUGUGACUCAGUCCCUAAACUUGGCUGCUUUGUCUCACCAUGACCCAGAGCCUCAUGCUGUCAUUAGUGAGCACCUCUUUGUAAAUUACACACCAUGGCACAGAGCAUCAUUAUCAGAAGUCACACAUGAAAAUCCACAUUUUUAGAUAGUUGUGGUCAUACUUGCUCUUUUUUUCUGCUUAUUAGGAAUGUGACAGUAUCAAAAUCUCAGGGUAAUACCUCUGUAACAAGUCCAUGGUAUGGUUUUAUCAGAAAACCUUAAAACAACAACUUAAGACUGGAAAAAAGUGACAUCAGCAUAGGUGUAAUUUGAAUAUUACAAUAUGGCAAAAAGUGCGGUAGGCUUAAAAUAUAUACUUAAACUUUGGCUCCAUCCUGUUUACUAACCUAAAAUCUUUGUUUUCCCCCACUGAAAACAGCUCUAGGUCUUUCCUGAUAUUGACACCAGGAAACUAAAGUCCUCCAGACCCAUCAGAGUUAAAAGCUUCAGGAGCCUCUACAGUCUCUAAAACUUGGUCACUUGGUUUUUCCUUGCCACUCGUAGGAGCCACCAUUUUCAGGCUGUUAGAUUAAGCCAGCGAAUGGAGUGCAAAGGAUGAUGGGCAUACAGUGGCUGAUGGGAACUGAAGUUCCUGCUGUCCUUCUUUCUGCUUCUCUAUAAAACUACACUUUUUACCCUUGAGCCUCAAACCUUGAUUGAGGUUCUUGAACCUCAGACAAGUCCACUUUCCCCCUUGAGGAAGAUUUGUAUAACCAUGAUAUGAAAGAAUGAGAAUGUACACAUACAAUCCCUCUGUGGUAACUCAUAAAAUCUCUCAGUUUUGCCUCAUUUAUUACUUUAGUUUACUAAGCAAGUCACUUUCUUUCAGGUUGUUAUUUUGUCAUGGCUCCCCUGAGGUUCUCUCCUCACACUUUGAAAACCACUGCUUUAAAACAUUAGCACCCUGGUGGUUUUAGACCUCCAAAAUAAGCACCUGCCAUGUUGUUGGAGUGAAGGGGAGCUGCUUCUCUAGGCUAUAGGGACUUUUUUCUCUCCAUUUCUCCACUGUUUUUCAGUCUGACAGUUGGCCUCGUGAUUCUCCGCAAGGUGAGUCAUCGAAGGUCUGGGUUCUGGUUGUGUUAACGUGCAGCCUUAACAGCCUGAAUCUCAUUGUGUUUUACCUUUAUCCCUAUUGGGUAGAUGAAAGAGACAAGAAAGUUUUAAUUAUUUUAAAAUGCAUUGGGAUCAGUAAUUAAACUAAUCCUAACACACCUCUCUAUUUCUCCCUCCUCUU